UAACAAUAUGAGGUCGCUGCAUGAAACCCCCUUAUCUCCUAACUCUGACCCUCUUGUUUACUGGUCACUCUCGUCGGAGAGGACUCAAUAUCUCAAGCAACAUCCAUGCCAGGAUUGGGACUUUGCGUUAUUUUUUGUUCCAUGAAAAAUUUGGUAAGCUUGGUAGGUUGGCUGACAUCCCAAACUCAAGAAAAUGGUGGUUUGCAAGGCAUGCUAUUUAGCCUUGUGCUUCAAGUGCAUUGCAAAGCCCCCACCCAUGCUUCUCUACAGGAACCAUCACCUCCUUCUAAAACCACCCAUCCCUCCUCUUCCCUCCCGUCCACCACUCCACCAUGAGCCCCAAGAGAACUUCCCUCACCCUACUAUCUUCCAUCAUUGUAGGUCUGCUCUCAACACAACUCAUAUUCCAAUAUCCACCAUGUCUCAAAUGCCUCCUCAACCUUGACCUCCUCACACCAUCCUUCUUUCCAUAUCUUAUUUCAUUCUGCACCCAAAAACCAGACCACCACCACCACCACAAGUAUCCAAAAUCCAAUACAACGAUAUGCGACGACUUCCCGCCAGGCUUCCCCCCACCCGACACAAACACGACCUCGAUUCUGUGUGUUGACCGCAAUGGGUGCUGCAACUUCACUACAGUACAAUCUGCAGUAGAUGCAGUUGGAAACUUUAGCCAGAAAAGGACUGUUAUUUGGAUCAACAAGGGGAUAUACUAUGAGAAGGUAACUAUUCCAAGGACCAAAUCCAGCAUUACAUUUCAAGGGCAAGGAUUGUAUUCAACGGCGAUAGCUUGGAAUGACACUGCCAACUCUGCGCAUGGCACGUUUAAUAGUGCUUCAGUCUCCACUUUUGGCACCAACUUCAUCGCCAAGAACAUAAGUUUCAUAAAUGUGGCUCCAAUACCAAGUCCUGGGGAUGUUGGAGCCCAGGCAGUGGCAAUUAGGGUUGGUGGUGAUCAAUCUGCGUUCUGGGGUUGCGGGUUCUUCGGAGCGCAGGAUACCCUUCAUGAUGACAGGGGGAGGCAUUACUUCAAGGAGUGCUACAUCCAAGGUUCCAUUGAUUUCAUCUUUGGAGAUGCUAGGUCUUUGUAUGAGAGUUGCGAAAUGAUUUCAAUAGCCUCCCCAGUGCCUGCUGGAUUGAAGGUAAUAAAUGGAGCAGUGACCGCGCAUGGUCGAGCAUCAGGUGAUGAGAACACUGGCUUUUCCUUUGUCAACUGUACCAUUGGUGGAACUGGACGAAUUUGGUUAGGCCGAGCUUGGAGGCCCUACUCUCGUGUCGUCUUCAUAAACACUUUCAUGACUGACAUCAUUUCUCCAGAAGGCUGGAAUGAUUUCAAUGACCCUGCUAGAGAUCAGACUUUAUUUUAUGGAGAAUACAAGUGUAGCGGGCCUGGUGCAAAUCAAAGCAUGAGGGCACCAUAUGUUCAAAAGCUCAGUGAUGCACAAGCUUUACCCUUCCUCAAUGCUUCUUACAUCGAUGGAGACCAAUGGUUGCAACCUUUUAACUAGAUCUCCUCCUUCUAAUGGAACUAUUGUUUGAAAUCAUAUCUAAGUGCCUAUCUUCAAUAAACCUUCAUAUCGAUUUUAUUUACAGGAGAGUGGAAGUCUUUACUUGUUCA